AUGAAUUAAUCUAAUCUCAUUUAGUAUUAGGUUUUGGAUUCAUUAUUAUAACCUCUUAUGAGAGAAAAUAAUGAAAAUCCUUUAAAAAGGAAAUCAUUGCUAAUUAAAUUUAAUUCUGCAAAAAUUACCUCAGCUGUUAUAAGUAAAAAUCACAAUUUCAUAUUUAUUAGAAUUAAACCAGAAACCUAAAAAUAUUGUAGCAAUGUUAACUAAACUUUAGAACUCAUCAUCAAAAUCAAAUUAAUAAAUAUCAGAAUAUAUUAAGUUUAAUUAUUUUACUAGUGAAAAUCAAAAACAUAUUUAUAAUAGCUCUGUUACGACAGAUUAGGUAUAAAUUAAAUUUAAUGAAGUUUUACACUUAACUCUAAAUAAAGAUUGAAUAGGAUGAUAUUGCUUUUUAUAAUAUCUAAAUAUAUGGUUAAGAAGCUUAAAAAAAUACAUAAAGAACUUUAGAUAAUUUUAUUCUAAAACCUUCAUAAAUGGAUAAUGAAAAUGGUACAUUCAAAGUUUUUACAGACGCUAUUUAAUCAAAUAGAGAUCCAGCAGGUAGAGAGAAAAAAAAUGUUAAUAAAUAUGUAUUGAAAUAGUAGUAAGAAUAUUAAGAAGCAUUAGAGAAGAGUUUAAUCAGUGCUCAAUAUGAGUAGAUUAAUUAAAAAUUAAUUUAAGAAUCAAUAGAGAAUGGCAAUUCUUUUUAGUAAUAACAAAAAAAUUAAUCUGAAUUUGAAGAAGAAGAAUUGAGUUUAGAGAUUUUGAUGGGAGAGAAUGAUCUUAAUUAAUAUUAAUAUUAAUAGAAAAAACAACCUUAAAUAAAUAUUGAAAAUUUAGGAUAUACUGAUAAUAAAAAGGGAUCUAAUUUGGGAUAUAAUUAAAAAACAGUGGAAAAAAAAGGAUAGGAACAACAUAAAUAAUAAUAAUGGAAAAGUGAUCAAAUAAAAUUACAUCUGAUGACAUAGUAUAAAGCUGGGGAUAUCGACCAGGCUUUUAUGUAAAUGCAUAAAUUAAGUAGCUUAAUUUAAUAAUUUCUAGUGGAAAUAUCAAGUAAAGGAAAGAGUUUUCUAGAAAAUGUGAUGUAUAAUUGAUAUU